AAACCGUCUCGACAAAAAAACUUCAGCUCAAAAAUCCCCAAACCAUGUCGUCGUUCCUUUUCCGCCGCGCCGCCGCCACCGCUGGAGCUGCUCGCGCAUUCAGCACCACCUCGCCUCGCUCCAUCGCCCGCAUCACCAUUGUUGGCAACCUGGCCGAUGCGCCCGAGGCCCAGGUCAGCGGCAACGAGCAGAACCCCAAGGAGUACGUGCGGUACGCCGUCGCGAGCAACAGCGGGAGCAAGGACAACCGCACCACCAGCUGGUUCCGCGUGACGGGCUUUGUGGAGGGGCCUCGCAGGGACUUUUUGCUGGGUCUGGCCAAGGGCACUCUGGUUUAUGUUGAGGGUGAUGCGAGCAUCAGCUCUUACACGGACUCCAAUGGACAGACCAGACAAGGCCUCAGCGUCAUCCAGCGCCAUAUCGAGGUUCUAAAGCGCCCUUCACCCCCAGAGCAGGGCGAGUAAAGCAGGCAAUAGCGGAACAGAUUGAGGGCUUGGCUGCCAAGGGAUAAGCAAUGGGAUUCAAUGGAUUCUCGCUGGGUGUUUUUGGCGAAUUAAAAGCAGGCGGCGGGUUGCUUGCUUGCCAUGUAACUGUAGUAUUGCCUGAUGACUUUGAUGUAUGAUUUGAUGUGAUAGAUGAACUCUCGGCUCUCCUGCUUUUGGCCACUUGCGAUGCGAUUCUCCCAAGGCUCCUGUAAACUCUACGUGCUCGCAAUGAUUAUACAAUGUACCUAUCCAGCUUUUUAUUUUUGCUUCAUCAUACCAAGGUGACGCUGUCCAUGCACCCGUACCCUGCAGCUACACCUCCCUCCUCGCUCUGAUCUCCCUUUGUACGGAGCAGGUAUCCUGCGCCCUCGUUGUGGAGCACGUCUCCGGUGCCCUGAUUCCACAGGCAAGUACCAUAUACGCCCAGUUCGC